AUGCGUUUCAAAUUUUCGCCACGAAUUAAACCACGCUCGGCUUUGUUUUGCCGUGAUACGAUAGUUAAAGGAGUUAUGGUCAAUUAUGGUAACUUAAUUAAAUUGCUCUGGAGCUCCAGUCGAGAUAUCGACAUUAAAUCGAAUGCCCAAUCGGAAUUCAAUUACCUUGUGUUAGAAGUGACGGACGGUAAAAUGAAUAUUUAUUUUUGUUUUUUAAUAAUGUCAUUAAAAAUUUCAAAUACCGUUCAAAAAAAUAUAAUAAAUUCUGAUAAACAAACUUUCACUGAGCAGUUACCUUCAGAUUAUAAUAAUGAAAGUAAAAAAUCGACGACAAUUACUCCGGACAGUUCGACAAUUAUUUACUUUGAACCAGUGACAGAACCUAAAAUAUUUAAAAGACAAUCGAUUAAUGUCGAGGAACUGAAGGCAGUUCAUGGAUCUCCUGACUUUGUUUAUGAUGAGACGUAUGAUAACGACCUGCCUAACUUUAGAAGAAGCGAAAAUAAUCGGUCUUUAAAUAAAAUAGAUAACAUAAAAAUCUUAGAAAAACAAGUUCAAUCUAAAGCAGCACUGCAAGCCGAAGGUUGGAGUCACAUUUCAAAUACAAAAACACCUGUCAUCCGAGGAAGCAUUAUACCAGAAUUCAUUAUAGAUCAAAUAGUUUACGAAGAUAGUGAAAGUAAUACUAACUUCAAAAGUACAAUUGAGGAACUAGAAAAAAAAAUCACAGCCCAUAAUGAAAAGGACAGAUACAAAUUUUCACAACUGUUUCAAGAGAUAAAAAAUCUCCACAACGAAUUAGAGGAAUUGAAAAAACUACAAAAGCAACUAAAUAGAACUCAGGAAAUUCUUACACGUAGGGACAAUUCAGCAAAUGAGCAGUUGGGUAAUGCAUUGAAUUUGCCCACACCAAAAUGUUGCUCGAAGACGAUUAAUCCAUAUAGAUAUCCAAUGCAGAGUCACAUACAUGUAAACCCAUAUGUGUACCAAUUGCCAAUUAAUAAUAACCCGCCCAAAACGCUAACCCCGCCAAACCUACCUUAUUUACAGAUAAUACCCAGACUCUUUUCAUCAAAUUUUAAUAAUAAUCAGAGGUUCGUACAGCACGCCCCAUUGUUUAAAUACUUUCAUUAGAAUUUACGCAAACAUUCGCUUUUUGUUCCCAAGUGUUAAUUGGGUCGUACUUUUGUCGCGGUUACGUAGUUAGGCAUCAGUCACUGGCAGCUAGUUAGCAAGUUGUGAUCCUGAAACACAAAGAAGCUAUUCACAAUUGAGUCUAACUAGUGAGCAUCGAGUAAACACGAUCAAACCAACGUCCAAACUGCGCUUAAAGAUCUAGUUAGCUGCGGAAACAAUGCGUGCCUGCGUUCACAGCUGUUUGAUUGUUGGUCAAGAUCACAUGUUCUAUUCGAAAUUUAAAAUUGCACUUUUUACUUUUACUAACUG